AUGCGGCGGCAGCAGGGCAUGCGACUCGAUGACAGAUACGUUCCGUACUUGCAGAUGGCCGGACUAUACCAUCUUGCAAGGCUGAACGAUAGAUGGUUCUGGUUAGACGAGGCCCUUAUCAGUGCAUUCGUCGAACGAUGGCGUCCAGAGACGCACACGUUUCACAUGCCGUUCGGAGAGUGCACGAUCACACUUCAGGACGUGGCAUACCAGUUGGGUUUGCCAGUGGACGGGCGUUACGUCAGCGGCUGCCUAUCAGAAUUCCAUAUUUACAUCCAAGGUGGCCGUCUGGAGUUGCUUGGAGUGGUUCCUCCUCCCAGCCAGGUUCAGAAGUACGCAGUGAACUACAGCUGGUUUCAGGAGAUUUUUGGUGAGUGCCCCGAGGGAGCUGAUGACGAGACUGUGCGGAGAUAUGCCCGUGUAUACAUCAUGAUGUUGUUGGGUAUGCAGCUGUUUACGGACAAGUCCGGCAACCGCAUUCACAUCAGAUGGCUUCCCUACGUAGCUAGGCUGGAGGAGAUGGGUACCUACAGCUGGGGUUCUGCAGCACUGGCAUGGUUGUACCGGUACAUGUGCCGAGUGGCGAACAGACAUGUGGUCAAGUUAGCGGGCCCACUUCAGCUACUUCAGUUUUGGAUCUUUUGGCGAUUUCCUCAGUUUAGGCCUGAAGGGUAUGAGACGUUCAGCUGGUCAUUGGCGUCGAGGUGGUCAGGAUACAACCCUCCCGGUAGCGAGAAGGGUCCUAGAGUGCAGAUGUGGAGGCUGAGGAUAGACCGGUUACAGGACAGGGAGGACGGCAGAGGCGGCGAUCGAUGGUUCCCGUACCAGUUGCAGAAGUGGCAUCUCUAUUGGGACUUCCGUGCGGACACCGUGCUGAGGUUCGAUGUUGUUGCCAACCCUGGACCGUCGCAGCAAUUCCUCGAUUGGUGGAGGUAG